AUGUCGGUUCAUUUUGGCCAGGUGCUUGGUUUUGGAAGUUCCUCCGAUGCAAAGAAGGAAGCAAAACUAGAGGUAUCUGAUUUCCAGAAGAAAAGAGCCGCAAGAAAGGCCAACGUGCCUACCUCGACGGCAACACCUUCUGGGAUUGGAUCUUUGUUCCCAUCUACACGGUUGACCUCUUCCCUCUCUACAGGCUUCAACUCAUCUCAGCUCAUGAACUACCAGCUCACAAGUGAGAAAUCCCUGCCCUUGUUGUCCAGUACUCCCCCAAUGAGUCUAGUUAGUCAAAGUAUUCAAUCAGCAAUCGAAAAGGACAAUAACACACCACCAUUGAGUGAGGUAUUGACCAAGUAUGCCAUCGACAACUACAAUUAUAAGCCGAACGAGUCGUUAGGGCCAUUUUCGAGGUUUGAGAAAUCGAGCAUUUACAAUAUCCCCGACCAAAUCUUCCAGGAGUAUCACAGUUUAGAUUGCAUCACCAACAUGGGACUUCUGAACGAGCUUCAACGUGCAUGGCUGACAAUUGACAACAAGCUUAUUAUCUGGAACUAUAAGGCCAGUUCCCAUGAAUCGGAGUACUUCACAAUUGAUGAGCUGAAAAACACCAUCCUCACAGUGAAAUUGAUCAAACCAAAACCAGGUGUUUUCGUGAAUAGUGUCAAUUAUCUGCUUCUAGUUUCAACAUCCAUGGACAUCCACAUUCUGGCUGUUGAGUAUACGCCAGAAAACCUCACAAUAUCAGAUACUAAGAUGAGCGUUCCUACACACGGUCUCAUUGUCAACAAAUUCAUCACUUUUGACCAAACUAACGAUAUUUUCUUCACUGGAAUUGGAGAUGGCGAGAACGUGUGGAGACUCAGCUAUUCCAAUACGGACGAAUGGUUCCAGCGUAAUUGCUACAAGGAAUGUCUCACAAAAUCUGGCCUGUCUUCAGUGGUGCCCAACUAUAACGUGUUUCAGAAGCUCCCCGGUCUGGGAUUGCUAGGCCAAGAGACGGACUCAAAAAUUGAAACUAUUGUGCAACUGGAAAUCGAUUCUUCAAGAAGAAUUUUGUACACUCUAUCGUCCAAGUCCACAAUCAGAGCUUAUAGAUUAAAGGUUUCCGAUGGAAAGGUUGAACUAGGCGCUUCUGUUGUGAAGAAGCCUUACAAUGUUCUCAAAGAUCUUGCGACAACAACUUUCAACCUUCAAUCCACUCUUUUGAAAAAGAACGAAUUUGAGAUCGUUAACAUCUUCCCAAUUACCAAGAAUGAGAGCGACAAUUUGUUCUUGGUUGCUGUUACCAACACGGGUUGCAGGCUGUACAUUAAUGGAAGCACCCUUUACGAAAGACUCACGUUGACUACAAGCUACGUCAAGUUCCCGCCUCCUGACUCGAGUUUCCACGACAAAUUAGAAUCUCUGAAGGGACAGCAGCUUCAGCAAGGUCAAAAUUUCAUGGCCAAUAACACAAAACAAGAAGCACCAAAAUCUAUAACCAAGAAUCCUUUGAAUAAUGAAAUCACUCCUCAGGAUUUGAAAGUUGCACAAGAAAAUUCGAAGCUCUUGAACAACAUCAAGGACUCGUUGAUCGUGUCUCCAGGUAUUUUCUUCUGUUAUAACGAGUCACAGUUCUACAGCUCUACUCCAGAUUAUGGCGUUUUGAAAAACUCCCUUCAAUAUGUUGAAGACUUUGAGCUACUGGACAAGUUCCAGACAAUCCAUUCGAUUGAAGCAAUGAGCCCAAGUUUCCACGCGACCAACACCCCAAAGGGGUACUGUAAUGAGUUCGCAAUUCAGUAUUUGGCCCCACCUCUUGAGAUAGCUGUUCUUACAACUACGGGAAUCCAUACUUACCGCUACAGAACACCUGAUAUGAUUAUCGAGGAUUCGCUUGAUGACAAAACUUUCAACGAAUUUGUUAACAAAUAUGGGUCCUGUGAAGCAUGUUCGAGUGUUUUGUACUUGGCUUGCAAAUAUGGCCAACCGGACAGCUUUAGAAAUCUUGCAACAAAAUACUUUAUUUCCGGUGGUAAGAAUUCCAAACUGAAUAAGAACUUGCCUGCCAUCGUUGAUAAUGUUGAACUCAGUGAUCGGUAUUAUUCAGUGAUCCUCUUGCUUUCAAGAUUAUUGAGAGAGUUCUGGGAUAAAGAGAUAUUCAAGCUUGAUCCAAAUGUCAAGUUCAACAAGAGUGGGUUCAUAAUUGAGGACUCUUUGAAGAAGUUGACAAAUGAGAAGGUGCUUCUUUCAGGGCUGAACAUCACAAGACAAGAGCUUGAAUAUUUCCUAUGUUCGCUCAUCAUCAUUUUGAGUUUCUUCAAUGAGAACAAGAAGAUCAUUCCGGGAUUGCUAGGUCCUUUGUAUGAAACAGGUGCGAACAGCAAGGAAUUGGAGCUAUGUCUUCAAGCUGAAAACAUUGGAUUCAACGCCAUUUUGAAAUUCCUCGAAAGUGUCAAAGAAGGUCUUUCGUUUCUCGCAAUUCUUUACGAUGACAGUGAAAAGACGAACAAGAACUUUGUUGAUGUGAUGACCUACUUGUCCAUUCAAAGCCAAGCCGAUUUGAGCUGUUUGACCUUCAAUGAUUUCUUCAGUUCCAACGAUGAGGCUACUUCCAAAUUGAUUAAAGAGAUUCUUUCAUCCGUGAUUAAUAAGAGCAUUUCGUCUGGAGACUCUGUGGAGCUGGUCGCGAACACUCUUCAAGAGAAGUGUGGCUCGUUCUGCUCAACUGGAGAUGUUCUCAUUUUCAAAGCAAUUGAAAGCUUGAAAAAGGCCAAAGACUUUGCCGCUAAUAACGACAACGAAAACAAAACCAAGUACCUUAAGGCUGCCGCACAACUUUUGAGCAAAACGCACGAUGCUCUUACAUUUGAAACCAUCAAUGACCUGACCAAUGUGAUGCUUCUGUUAGACUACUACCCAGGCGCAAUUGAACUGUUACUGAAAAUUUCAAGCUCAGGGGAUCCAACUAACCUGGGUCUGAAGUAUGAGCUUGAAGGACAAGCUACAUUAAUGAUCGAUGAUCCUAAGAAGCUCGCGUAUGAAAAACGUGUGAAGCUGUACGAAUUGAUUUUCAAGAUUCUUGUGGAUGUCGAUGAAAAGUCCAUCUUGAGCUUGGAACAGGCAGCCAAUAAUACUAGUUUCACCGAUGCCAAAGCCCCGAUCUCCUACUUCGGAGCUGAUGGACAACUCGCCACACAAUAUUCUCAACUUAGAGAUAAGAGUUACGAAAUUUGUCUGCAAAGCCAGGACAAACUGUUCCAUUACGAAUUCUACAAAUGGUUGGUCAAAAUCGGAGUGGGAGAACGCUUGCUUGACCUCGAGACCUCUUUCGUCCUUGAUUUUCUGAGGGACUACUCAACCAAAGACAUGGAAAUGGCCAAGCUGCUCUGGAUUUAUUAUUCCAAGAGGGAGAACUAUUUCCAGUCCGCCAGUGUGUUGUUUUCGCUGGCUAUCUCCAAGUUCGAUAUCGACCUUGCAAAUAGAAUCCAAUUCUUGUCGCGUGCCAACGGGUUCUGCAACUGUGUUUGUCCUCCUGAUCUGAGACAAGAAAUGACUUUCCUUUCGGUGACUAUUAGCGAUUUGCUGGCGGUUGCCAAUUUACAAGACGAGUUGCUGCUGACUGUUCUUGAUGAUGAACGUGUGAGCGAGAUCGCCAAACAGGAGGCAAUCAAGAAACUUAAUGGAAGAGUUCUACCUAUCAGUGAUCUUUACAAUAACUUUAUUGAUCCACUGGGAUACUACACACUUGCUCUGGUCACUUUCAAGAUUUCUGAUCACAGAAAUGUGGAGGACAUACUCUCACAAUGGGAGAGUCUUCUUAGCAAAUGGUACUUCAAGAAUAAAGAUUCAGGAGAGCCGUUUUUCUCUGAGAUCAACAACGAGUUCAUUGCAGUGGCGUCUCGCGUCUCCGAUACAGAGAUCUUGUUCCCCAUUAUCGACUUGUUCCAGUUGUUGGUGCGGUAUUUCUACUCACCGGAGUACAGCAUCAAGCAGCUCAAACCGCCAACGGGUGUGAUUGCGGACGCGUUCAUCCGUAGUGGAGUAUCCUAUGGUAAGCUCUACUACAACCUGCGCGACUUGAUUGAGUCCACCACGUUUGAGCUGUUCCCUGGGUACUUGAAGGUUUUGCAACAGGAAAUGAGCUACCUCAUUGCCACUUGGUUCAAGAAUGACAAGAAACUGAGAGACGUGAUCUCGGCAGACUCCAUCAAGGACCUGUCCGAUUACACUGUUGACAAAGAUCCGGUUUUUGCAUAUAUCAAAGCGACGGGAAACCCGUUGUGA